AUGACGAGCGAUGGCGCCGCGCCGACGACGCCGAACGAAGACGAGCUCGCGCUCCGCGAACCUCUCGUCGGUGGAGCGACCGCGAUCGAGUCGGGGUACGACAGCGACGUCGACGUUCCCGCGGACGCCUCGGCGUCCGUGCCCGAGGCGAGAAGAGAGGAAGAACCGACGACACCAGCCACGCCACCGCGACGAGUGAACUUUCGAGGGUUCACCGCGCGCACGCAGUCGUUGUAUCUCGGCACGGAACGAACGUUGAGUACGCAAACGACGGAUUCGGGCGCCCCGGAGGACGCGGUGGAGAGUUUGGAUUUUGCCGACGUCGAUUCCCAUUGGGCGCGGCGCGCGCGCGGACGCGGCGUCUUCUCCAAAGUUUCGGCGAAGUGGAUCGUGGCGGCGUUCAUCGGUGUCGGUGUCGGUACGAUUGCGUUUCUCAUCGAUGUCUCGGUGCUCUAUGCAUACCGAGGUCGCGGGAAGCUGUUCGAAGUGUGUCGCCGACGCGUCCAUCUGGCGUUGGCGAUGUUUGCGUACGGCGGUGUCGGCGUCGCACUCGCCGCGAUCGCUGGGGCUCUCACGACGUACGUCGCGCCGCGAGCCAAGGGUGCAGGGGUGCACUACGUCAUGGCAAUGUUGAACGGAAUAUACAUUCCGAAAGCGUUCGAUGCGUCGACGCUUUGGGUUAAAGCUGUAGCCACGAUCGCUGCGGUAUCGUCAGGACUUAUGAUCGGUCCGGAAGGGCCAUUGGUACAUGUGGGCGCUGCUAUUGCGAUGCAAUUUACGCACGGAGCGUCUUCUGGUAUGGCGGACCUCUUUCAAUCGGACCUCGACCGCUCUGACUUCAUAUCCGCGGGCGCUGCGGCCGGGAUCGCCGCCGCGUUUGGCGCGCCCAUCGGCGGGGUAUUGUUUUCGUUGGAGGAAGCGAGCACGUUUUGGAGAGAGAGCACGACGCGCCGCGCGCUGUUUUCGGCGAGCAUCGCCACUUUUGUCCUCGCACUGGCUCGCGCGGUGUUUCUGGAAGGAUCGGCGGCUUCAGAACAUACGCAAAUGAAAAAUCCUGGCUUGCUUCGUGUGGGCGAUUUCGAUUCGACGUACUUUUUGAUAGAGCUGCCGUUCUACGCCGCCCUCGCCGGCACGUGCGGUGUGAUCUCAGGCAUCGUGACAAAGUCAAUCAUCUUUGUGUCCACCAACUACACCCCGCAGCGAAACGAACGUCGGCUUGCGCAAGUCGUUCUUGUCUCCCUGGCGUGCGUCGUAAUGUUUUUCGGCGUCGCCGCCGCAGGAAAGUGCGUGACAGAGACCCCCGGUGAAGUGUCGAGAUGGAGUGAAGCGUCGAUACGAUUGUGGUGCGCCGAAGGUGAAUACGCGGACUUGGGUUCGAUUCUACUGGGCAACAAAAACGAUGUCAUCGCCUGGGUCCUCGGGUCGCCGGCAAAGGCGCACACUUUACACGCGUUGCUACUAUCUUUCGCGACGACGCUCAUCUCUCUGAUCAUGGCUGCGAACCUUUUCGUACCCGCUGGGCUGUUCAUGCCCACAAUUCUGUGGGGUUCGUUGCUCGGGCGAGCGGCGGCAAUCGUCGUCGAGCACUCUUUGAGCCCGCUCGGCGAUUUACGCGUGAAUCCACACGCGUACGCGCUCGUCGGCGCCACCGCCGCGCUUGCUGGCACGUUUCGAGCCACGAUUUCCGUCGUAAUCAUCGUGUUAGAGGGCGUCGGGAAGAGUGCGUUUCUAUUCCCGCUCCUCAUCGCCGUUGCGGGCGCAAAUUUGGCGUCGCGACUAUUUGGGGCGAGUCUUUACGAGGAACAACUCGUGCGCUCGAAGAUUCCAUUUUUGCACGCCAAGCCGCCGAAAGCGCUCCUGGACGACUCCAUCACAGCCUUCGAUGUGUGCGCGCGCGACGUCGUCGCUUUCAAGGCGAUCGAAAAAGUGAGUGCGAUCGAAGAAGCUUUGGCCCAAACGACGCACAACGGAUUCCCGAUUCUCAGCGCGAAAGGCAAACGCGUCAUCGGCGUCAUCCUUCGCAAGCAACUGCUCGUGCUCUUAUCUCGCCGAGCGUUCGUGGAGAAUCUCGUCCACGCGCCCGUGUUGAACUCAUCAGCCAUGGAAGAAGGUCACGACGACGACUCCUCUUCCAUCAUCGCUCGACUCGGUCUCACCGACGUCGAGCGCGAGCGUCGUUGCGAUCUGGGCGUCUUCAUGGCGUUAUCUCCCGCCUCCAUCGCCGCCGACGCGCGCGCGAGAGACGCGUACGUCCUCUUCACUCGUCUCAGUCUUCGCCAUCUGUGCGUCGUCGACGCCGCCACCGGCGCCAUUCGCGGCAUCAUCACUCGUCACGAUUUGUUCGACGCCGCGGAAUCUGUCGAUCGCUCGCUUCAUCACUCCGUUUCGUCUUCUUCGAUUUUGUUGUAA